AUGCCCUCAGCUAGAUCUUUGGGCGUACUGGCAACCCUUGUUGUCUCUGCUAGCGCUACUCACAACUCAUUCAAACGGGUGCCUCAGCAUGCUCGUGUUGCUGCGACUAAGCGAGCGGAGAGCAUUUCUGGAACUGCCUACUACGGCUACCAGAAUAAUACCAUGAAUGCCUGUGGGACUUACUCCGCCGACGCCGACAUGAUCAUUGGAGUCGGGGCCAAAUACUACGGCGAUAUCAACACCGUCUCUGACAAAUGCUUCCAACACAUCUCCGUCGCUCUUGCCUCCGACCCCACCAAAUCCAUCGACGUGACUCUCACCGAUGUGUGCAAAGAUUGUGGGGCAGACGGCUCAGUUUAUUUGUCCACUGCUGCUUUCACUGCCCUAAACGGCGGCUCGCUUGAUGCUGGAGUUUUGGACGUGACAUGGUCUUUCACUUCGGGCAAUUCCAAGUCUGGUUCCUCUUCUUUCGCCUCCGACUCAUCUUCGUCCGGCUCCGACUCAGGCCCUCAGGACGGUAAAACGGUGAUCACGUCCACCGUCGAGGAAGUACCUCCGCAGACGAUUGCUCCUUCCAAAGCCAAAUCCACUGCCAGUGCCCCAGUAUCCACCGCCAAACCUUCCAAGCCAACGUCUCCGUCGGGUCCUUCCUCCGAAGGCUAUAAAUUGACCAAUAAGCUUGAGGGACAGGCAUUCCUCGACUUCUUCAACUAUGAUUCUGGAACUGGCGAUAACAAUGGAGUCGCCAACUACGUGAACGGCGUCAAGGAAGGCUUAGCGUAUACUUCGAAUGGGAAGGUCAUUUUAAGUGUGGAUACCGAGGAGAAAGUCUCUAGCCGUAAAUCGCUUAGGAUGGUUUCGAAGAAGACCUAUAAUGCCAAGGACCAGAAUCUCUUUGUAUUUGACAUCAAAUCUAUGCCAUCAGUAUGUGGCACCUGGCCUGCUGUCUGGUUCACUGGCGCGAAUUGGCCAUAUGAUGGUGAGAUAGACGUAGUUGAAGGCGUGAACGCGUAUAACAAGAAUAUCUACUCUGUUCACACCGGCUCUGGUUGCUCGGUCUCUGACUCGGCAGUCAAGUCUAUGUCCAAGGUCACUCUUCUGGAAGCAACAGGUUUCAGUUGCGAUGCUACGACGGAUCCUGGCGCAUGCGGUUUCAGUGACAACUCUGCUGCGACCUUCGGGCCCGGUUUCAACGCUGCUGGUGGGGGAGUCUUUGCCCUACAAUUUGAUACCGAUGGAAUCAAAAUGUGGUUCUUCCAGGCGGGCAGCGUUCCUGGUGACAUAACCAGUCAGGCACCCGCGCCUAGCAGUUGGGGCGCUCCCAAGAUGGCGAUCUCCCCCUCUACCUGCGACCCGACCAAAUUCUUCCAUGAUCUUAUGAUGGUCGUAGACACUAACCUUGGUGGAACAUUCACCGAGGGUGUUUGGGGUGUUGAUGGCGCUGGUGGUCAGCAGACGAGCUGCAAGAAGCAAACUGGCGUCAACACUGCCGCAGAUUUCGUUCUCAACCACGGCUCUAAGUUUGGGGAUGGGGCUCAUUGGGAAAUCAACGGGUUCUACAUCUACAAUCGGUAA